AUGGCUAAGAAAUCAGCUCAAGUGAGCAAAAAUGGCCAUAGCCAUAGCACGGAGUCAAUGAGCAAUCUAACGCGACCACAAUUGUACAGUAUCUACGACUCUGAGAUCACCAACAGUGAGGAUAACGAAGUAUACGAAGAAGCGAAAAAAUCCGUGGGACACUUUCCCAAAACCUGGAAAAAGAAGGCCGGCCCCACUGAACGCCAGUCCAAGCUGCAAAAAACGGUGCACGUUCUAUGGUCGUUGUCGCUGCUUGGGUUGGCCGGGAUUUCGUAUAACGAGCUCAGCAAGCAAUUGCACGACAAUCACGAACUACACGCAGAGCUGGCUUCCAGACCUCUGGCGCUGGGCGUGGAGAUUUGCAGAACGCUCAGUUUCGGAAUGGUGCCAAUGUGGCUGGCGUAUGCGCUUGAAGGCGUGCUUUUCGGCGCUUUAUUCCCUCUUUUCGAUACCCUCUGGGGCCGUCCCGUGCAAACCACCACUUUCGCAUCGUUUUUGCGUUGCGUGAAUGCCAUGCUUGGCGUAGCAUUUGGAAUCCGCAGGAUAGAAUGGAGUUCCUCGCUGCAAGCCAGUGGUGCCUGGUUUUUGCUCAACAUUGUGCUUUGGAUGUUUUUCGAUGGGACGCCGUCAAUGCUAUUGGGAUGUUUGGGCAUUGGUACGAUCGCGUCAGUGACCAGCUACCGCGAUGUGACGGACUACUCACAGGUGCUGUAUUUCAUGGACUUUUACUUUCUGGGCCUAUUACUGUUUGGUAAGCUCGGCAGAUACCUUUAUGGCCAGAGGGCCUGA